AUGGACAUGAGUGUAGUAUCACUGCGAUCAUUGCCUAAUAACGGCGUCAGUCGACGCUUAGCCAGCCACGUGGAAACAAAUUUGUAUACUUUCAUUCUUACACAAAACUUCUUCGUGUGGUUGCCUGGAUUUGUACGAAACUGCAAGUCUCAGUCACAUGUUACUCAUGAAUUGAAUUGUAACGAAAUAGAAAAAGCCAAGGAAUAUUGCAUCCAAACUGCCCAGGAUCAAUGCUUCCCGGCUGAAAUAGGUGACUUAAAAGGUGGAUGUCUCUUACCAACAAAAUCAAAAAUUUCAUAUUUGAAUCCCUUUCUCAAAGAUGGCUACUUGCGCCUUGGAGGAAGACUUCAGUUGUCCGAUAUUCCUUCUGAUACUCAACACCCUUUAUUACUUGAUGGAAACCACCCCUUUGUCCAUCUUUUGAUUCAGCACACCCACAUACGUCUCCAUCAAUUAGGUGUACGAAUAGCCCUCUCCGAGUUACGCUCUACCUUUUGGAUACUAAAAGGACGUCAAGCUAUAAAGCAGGUUCUUCACAAAUGCCUAUCUUGCAAGCUGUCCAAGGCGAAAUGUGGAACACAAAUUGAAGCUCCUCUGCCUUCUGAAAGAGUUGUGCCAUCUACUCCAUUUACUACAGGAAUUGAUUUUGCUGGAGCUGUGAAUAUCCGCUGUUUGAAAUCAAGAGACACAGCCUACAUAGCAUUAUUUACUUGUGCAACAACACGUGAAUUACACAUUGAACUCGCGUCAGAUCUUACCACUGACAAAUUUCUCCUAGCUCUUCAACGAUUUGUUGGCCACAGAGGACUGCCACACACAAUCCAUACUGACAAUGCUACUACUUUCCAUGCAACAAAUAAUGAACUAGUCCUGUUAUGGCAAGCUUUGUCAUCAGCAAAAAUUCAACAAUAUUAUGCCCAAAAUGAAGCCGCUCUCAACAGCCGACCAUUAGUCUACGAAGAAGGAAAAGAGGAUAACUCCGCAGCCUUAACACCAGCUCAUUUCUUGACAGGACGAAAACUAACGGCUAUUACAUCCAGCCUGGAUAAUGACAAAAGGCUUAAGAGAAUCUACAAGCUGCAGCAGGGCUUACUUGACUGUUUUUGGAAAAAAUGGUCAAGGGAAUAUUUACUUCAACUGCAAUCUUUUCAUCAAGUUCGUAACCAGGACAAUCUCGUUAACGUCCGACUACGGCACAUGUGGAAGAAGGCCAGAAUGAUGGACCUACACCAGGGACGUGAUGGGAAGAUAAGACCCUACGAAUUGAGGGUUAAUGGUCAACAGCUCUUAAAAACACAGGUGUUCCAAAAUACACUGCAUCCUUCAAAUAACUUCGGAACCUAA